AUGCCUGGAGGACCUCUCUCCCUCACUCUGAGAGACAGCCUGGAGACUCCACCCACAACAACCUCCCCAGUCAGCAGUCAGGAGAUUCGCCACUCGCUCCAGGUCAAAACAUUACCACCUUGUGGUCAAGAACAUGUACUUCAUUGUCUGAGCUUAGGGAAGCAGAAGAUCAACACCAUCUGUCGUCUGGGAGAGGCCAAGCUCCGUCUUCUAGGGAAAGUGAUAGAGAAAGAUCUAGGUGAGGUUGUUCCAGGGGUGAAGGUGACACGCGGUGACUCAGCUCAGCUGGUGCUGGAGGGUUCAGCAAGUGAAGUCCGGACAGCCAGACAGUUGGUUACAGAUAAAAUCUCUCUGGUGCUGGAGCGUGUGGUGCCUGAGGUGUCCCUCCACCUCCUGUCCUUCCUGAGAGAGGAGUAUGGGAGGCCUGGGAACCUGAGCAGUCUGCUGGGGUUGGGACUCCAUGUGGAGGUAGAGCUGGGGGACACAGAGCUCCGUCUGUUCUCCCUCUCCUCUGGGGAACUGGACCAGGCUGAGAAAGAUCUACUGGGGGAGUUUGGGGAGGAGAAGAUUGACGUGCCCAAAGGUGCCCUCUCGGCUGAACUGAAGUCUAAGCUUGAGACGAAGGUGAAGGAGAUGAACCAGAGCAGAUGCAGGGUGGUAGCCAGGUUUGGUCCUGGGUGUAGAGUGCAGCUGCUGGGCCACCUGAAGCAGGUUCAGGAGCUGAGGGAGGAGAUUGGGGCCUUUCUGAGAGACCAGUCCAGUGUAAGAGUUGUGGGACGCCCUCAACAGAACCAUGAUGGCGCAGUCGGUGAAGCAGGCGCCGGACCAAGACCUAACGAGACGGUCGCAGCCACCAGCUAUCACCUCCAGGGGGGGCUGCAGGUAGUUGUUUGUCAGGGUGACAUCACCAAGGAACGGGCAGACGCACUGGUGAACGCAGCCAAUGAGAAUCUGGAUCACGCUGGGGGCGUGGCUGCAGCUCUGAGCCGGGCAGGGGGGCCUGAGGUACAGCAGUCCAGCAGGGAUCUGGUUAGGCAGAUAGGGAGAGUACCCACAGGUACAGUGGUAGAGACUACAGGAGGGAAUCUGCCUUGUAAGAUGCUGCUGCAUGCAGUGGGACCAGUAGGGGGCAGCGUAGGUGGGAAUGAGCGCCCUCUGCUGGAGAAGACAGUAAAGGCAGCCCUGGAUCUGGCAGAGACCCUGGAGCUCCAGACCCUGGCCAUGCCCUGCAUCAGCUCAGGGAUAUUCGGCAUUCCCCUGAAGGUGUGUUCUGAGGCCAUAGUCUCUGCAGUGAGGGACUUUGGGAGGGAACAGCACAUCCUUACCAAGGUCACUCUGAUUGAUGUGAGUGGAGAGGCAGUGAGAGCCAUGCAGGAGGCCUGUGAUAGGCUGUUACAGGGGAAGAGGGAGUUUCCUGGGUGGGAGGUAGAGUCCAGCACCACCACUACCACUACACAUGCUCCUCAGAGAGACACCACUGCUGCCUCCACCAGGGGACCAGCCGCUCCAGAGGUCUGUGUCCAGGUGGAGAUCAUCCAGGGAACCAUAGAGAAGCAGCAGGCUUUUCAGACUGCCCAGAAUGCUAUGCAUAUCAGAGGGUUCGAAUUGGGCGCUCGACCAGAGCAAGACAUCAGGAUUGUGCUGCUGGGGAAAACCGGAGGAGGUAAAAGCAGUGCUGGAAACACCAUCUUCGGACAAGAUGAUGUGUUCCUCUCAGACAGUUCCUCCAUCUCCGCAACACAAAUAUGUGAAGCUCAUACCAAGAACAUCAAAAGGAGAAACAUCACCCUGAUUGACACACCUGGAUUCUUUGACACUGACAUCCCGGAAGAGGAGCUGAAACCUAAAAUAGUCAAAUGUAUAACAGAGUGUGCUCCAGGACCACAUGCCUUUCUCAUCGUACUGAAAGUUGAACGGUACACAGUCCACGAGAAUGAAGCCGUAGCGAAAAUCGAGACGUACUUUUCACCAGAGGCCUUGAAAUAUGCCACAGUCCUCUUCACUCAUGGUGACCAGCUCAAUGGUUUGACCAUUGAGAAGUUUGUCCAACAGAAUGAUGAACUGAACAAGCUUGUUGAGAAAUGUGGAGGCCGCUGUCACGUGAUCGACAACAAAUACUGGAACACCAAUCAGCAGGGUCGGUACAGCAACCAGUACCAAGUAGCAGAGUUACUCAACACCAUAGAGAAGAUGGUGAGAGAUAACGGAGGAGGGUGCUACACCAACGAGAUGCUCCAAGAGGCAGAGAAAUUAAUACAAGCAGAGAUAGAGAGUCUUAGGAAGGAGUCAAAGGGAAAGAUGACACAGGAAGAGAUGAGAAAACAGGCUAAAGAAAUAGUGUGGAAGAAAAGCCUGAUCAAACUCUCAGGGAUAUCAACAGGUGUUGUGGUAGGAGCUUUUCUUGGGGUGGCACUGGUGACAGGGAUCCCACUCACACUCGCUACAAAACCACUGAUUCAUUUAGUCAAACGUCAGAUGGCAGCUUCAAUGAAAACAGUGCCAACAGUCAUGGCGAAUGCAGAAGGACCAGUCAUUGCAGGAGAGACAGUGGCGCUCAUUGGAGUGGGUUCAGGGAUAGGCAUAGGUGCAGGGGUAGUAGGCAUAGCUGCAGGAGUUGUUGCUGGGUCCGCUGCUACAGCAGGAGCAUUAAGAGGAGGGAUAGUAGGAGCUACUGCAGCAGAGGAGGCAGAGACAGUACAGGAGGCAGCAGAGAAAGCAGCCAGUGCUGUCUACCAUGAAGCUAAGGGUCUUUAUGACCAAGCAGGACACCUUUUGAAAGGCUACAGUAACAGAUCAGAUACAACUGGAUUCAUGCAUAAGAAUCAUACGUGGAAUAAUUGA